GUUUCGUCGCCGGAAAGGGCAGAACUUGACUGCUUGGAGGCCUGCAUCGGUGUGGUUUGUGUUUAUCUUCCAGUCAGCUGUAAUCCAUUCUUACCGCCACUAUGGAGGACAGCAGCGGCUUCCGCCCCUCAGUCGGCAACUUGGACGACCCUCCUAACAGCCGGGUGUUUCUGGUGGUGUGCCGGUCGGUAUCGGAGGACAUCAUCCGGGAGAAGUUCUGCGCGUUCGGCGAAAUCCAGGACGUGUGGGUGGUGAGGGACAAACAGACCAAGGAGUCUAAAGGCAUCGCCUACGUCAAGUACGCCAAGUCCUCCCAUGCCUGCCGGGCGAUGGAGGGGAUGCACGGCCGUCAACUGGGAGACGGCAGCAAACCCAUCAAGGUGUUUAUUGCGCAAUCCCGGGGGUCUUCGAAUCACAGAGAUGUGGAAGAUGAAGAAUUAACUAGGAUAUUUGUGAUGAUUCCCAAAACCUUCACUGAAGAUGAUGUCAAGGAUACAUUCAAGGAAUAUGGUCAUAUUGAGUAUUGCUCAAUUAUCAAAAAUAAGAGCACAGGUGAAAGUAAAGGACUGGGAUAUGUGCGCUUCUUGAAACCUUCCCAGGCUGCCUUGGCGAUAGAAAACUGUGACCGAAAUUAUAAGGCUAUUCUGGCAGAACCCAAAAACAAAGUUGGAACAUCAGAUACCCCAGAUUACCACAGUGCUUCCCGACACCCAGAACCACUGCUUGAACCGGCCGCACCCCCCAUAUAUCCUUAUGAUCAGUAUGAUUAUACAGCUUAUGAUAAAGGUGGAGAUUCUAGGAACCAGGAAGCUGUGUCUAAGCGUCUCACUGUUGUAUCCCGGGUGCCACUUCUUCAGGAGCAGCUAUACAGCUUGUUUGACCUUGUUCCAGGGCUGGAGUUCUGUGAGGUUCAGAGGGAUCUCUACAGUACUUACUCCCAUGCUGUGGUUCAGUACCAAAACAUUUCAUCUGCUAUUUAUGCCAAAUUCAAGCUACAUGGCUUUGAGUACCCACCUGGAAAUCGUCUUGGUGUCACAUACUUAAAUGAUGGUGGCGAUGGCACUGAUCUGCUUAGAAAAAUGGCCUCUCAGAUGGUGGCUGCCCAGGUAAAUUCGUUAGUAUGGGGACCCCAAGUUCAACAACAAUUCCCAGCAGCGGCCCCUCAGGCCUAUGAUCGAUCAUUUGCCUCCCCCGUUGCCUCUCAAAUUCAGACAGACGCUACCCUUCCAGCAUACAAAAAGAAAGCUUCCAGUGAUGCACACUCCAAGGAAAGACUGUUUGUUGUUUUCAAUCCUCACCCAUUGCCACAAGACGUUGCGGAAGAUGUUUUCUGUCGAUUCGGCAAUUUCAUUGAAGUUUACAUUGUGCCGGGGAAGAACAUUGGUUAUGUCAAAUAUUCCGAAGUAUCAAGUGCAAAUGAUGCGAUUGCCACAUUACAUGGAAAGAUGGUGAAUGGUGUAAAGCUGAAAGUAAUGCAAGCCGAGUCUCCAAGAGAUGAAUCCAAUAAGAGACAGAGAACAUACUAAAUUUACUUGUCUCAGACCACAGACUAAGUUAUGACAUGACCCUCAGCUGACUGACUGAACCGUGACAGGAGACUGCUUUUACGUACUGGUUUAGUAAACAUUUGCUCGUAAAGACUUUUCAUGGGAAGAGAGAAUAUUAAGUUCUAAAAUAACACGUUACAGUGCUUAUUCAUAAGAUUUCUUUUUUUUACGCUUUUCUUUUUGUGAAUGUAGCGAAUAUGCUUUGUGAUUUAAUAAAGUAAAAUCCAUACAUCA